AGAGAGCGAAUGGGCCGACGCACCUUGGUCACGACGCUGCCUGCGCCGAUCGUCGUCCCUCGCCCAAUCUUGACGCCGGGCAGAACGACAACCGAUGCGGCGAGCCAGCAGUCGUCGCCAAUCUCGAUGGGCGCGCCCAUCUCGGGGCCGGCCGUGCCGUUGCGGAUGGCCGGGUCGGUCGGGUGCGUGCCC